AUGCUAGAGGAGAUGGUUGAGAACGGCGACGUGUCCUUUUCAGAGAGCGGCCUAUUGUGGAUAGAACUCGCAAAUGCAUACACUGAAUGCGACCGAGUUGGAGAGGCCAUUAAACUGCUCGAACACGCAGUAGAGGUGACGCGAAGCAAGUAUGCUGAAAACGAUUCAACACUACUUUCGUUGUUGCAAGAGCUUGCGGGAUCAUAUUUUCACCAGGGUGAAACCGAGAAAGCAUUCAAGAUAUGGGAGCAUGUCGUCGCUGUUUUAGAAACGGGAGACGGUAACGCCACGUAUCUAUUCGAGUCCCGAAAUCAACUCUUGGCCGCAUAUCUGCGCGAUAACCAGCUAGAGAAAGCCGCCAAGCAUGUCGAGCUCCUUACAUCAACAGAAGAGUGGGAAAGCCUGAUAUCGCUUGGAAAAGUGUAUUUCCAAGCCGGACAGCACGGAAAGGCCAUGGAGCCACUAGAGCAUGCCGUAAAAUCCCAAGAUGAGGAACUAGGAGAAUUCAACAUUGAUAGCCCACAGUACUCGCAACACUGCCUCGCUCUCGUAUGCGAGGCUACCGGACGAACCGAGGAUGCGACCCAGCUGCUCAAUAGCAUCGUAGCAGUUCGCAAAAGAGCACUGCCUUGA